AUGAAACAAAAUAACGCAACAUCGCCAACUGCCAUGCGACGAAGACGACGUAUGACUGAGAACUAUAUGGUUAUUUGGGUUGAUGGUAACAUUGAUCUAGAAAAUGAAGAUUAUCAAAAUACACUCGUGCAAUUGCGUGAUGUCGCCAUCGACGUACUCAUAUGUACAGAAGCAACACAAUGUAUCAUAUUUCUAAAUGACAUGGAUAAUGAAAAAGUUUUCAUUAUCUCUUCUGGAACCAUAGGGCAGCAUCUUAUACCAGAUAUUCAUGACAUGCCAUAUAUACAUGCUAUUUACAUUUUUUCUGACAACAAACAAAGACACGAAGCAUGGUCUAAGAAUUGGGGAAAAAUCAAAGGUGUCUACACAUCGAUCACGCCUAUCUGCGAUGCACUGCAAAUAGCUAUCAAGCAAUGCAAUCAACAUAAUAUAUCGGUUAGUAUUAUGGAUGUGAAUGCAGAUGGUUUUAGCGAAGAUCUCAAUCAGCUAGAACCUUCCUUCAUGUAUUCCCAAAUAUUCAAAGAAAUCCUUCUCAAUAUGAAAUAUAGUCAAAAUGCCUUCAGAGAUUUGGUCAGAUUUUGCCAACAAGAAUACGAAGAUGAUAGUAGAGAACUCAAAUUUAUUGAUGAAUUUCAACGUACUUAUCGUCCAACAACAGCAAUUUGGUGGUAUACGUCCGACUGCUUUGUAUACAAAAUGCUCAAUUAUGCAUUAAGAAAACUUGAUGGUGACAUCAUUAUAAGAAUGGGAUUUUAUCUUUGCGACGUACAUAGAAAAAUUACAUAUUUAUAUAAGAAGCAGAUUAGUCAGUGUCAUGGUCAAAUCUUUCUUGUUUAUCGAGGUCAAGGACUAUCGACAACAGACUUCAAAAAGCUCACUAAAAAUCAAGGUGGACUCAUUGCUUUUAAUAGUUUUUAUCCACCAGUAAGAAUCGCAAUGUCUCGCUCGAAUUCGCCAUGGAUGGCUUAG